GCGGACCGUCCGAUGCGCGCGAUGCUUGUUGAGAUCUCGCCACGACAAUUUAUUGAUAUUCUGCCGCAUCAAAUUCGCUCUAAAUUAUUCUCCUCGGCACAGGAGCACUCCGAUUCAGCGAUGCGAUACAGCUGUCCGGUGAAACUGAAUCGAUAGGCGGACUUCCCGGACGCAUCGGGCAACUAUCUGAGACGAGAUCAUCAACCAAUGAUUUGACGACCCGUGGGAAGCAGCGAGACCAAAAUGAAGCUCGUGGAAAAAGAGCCCCGGAAUGUUUUGUGCGCAAUCGUCAAUCGAAAACUGCUACCGGUGAAAAUUCACACCUUCCUCAGUGUUGGAGCUCUGGUGGGCGUAAUACCUUUCAUCGUCAUCCAUGCUGAGUCACUCGGAAUCUCCGCGGGGUUGGUCGGAGUGACAAACGCAAUCAUGCUCUUGUGUUCAGUGUUUUUGAAAUUCUUCAUGGGAAGCUUGGCGGACAAGUACCGAGCAGUCAAACUUCUCCUUUUCAAGGUGGUCCUACUACAAGCUGUGUUCCACAUAGCCAUCUACACCUGUAUAACACCCAUAGUCAGGAGAGACAUUUGGCAAGCGCACGUAGAGGAUUCGGUCGAACCUUUCAGCAAGGAGUCGGAGUACAGAACAGUCUGUAAUUGCUCUGACGCCGAGCCCUCGAUCUGUCUCAGAGAAGCGCUCGACUCGUACACACUAAGCCCUUGUGCGCAAAACGAUGCCUCCUGCUGCUCGUUGGAAGUUCGCAACGGUCAGGUCUCAGCUCUCUACACAUGGCAGUUCUGGGUGUUCUUUGUGCUACGAAUAUGUUCGGGAGGCUUGGCCGCAGUCACCUUCUCACUGUCCGACACGGCCACCUACGCCAUCCUCGGCGACCAGAAAGAACUUUACGGCAGACAACGACUAUGGGGAACAAUCGCCUGGGGUGGCUUGGCCCCUGUUAUCGGGAUCAUGAACCAAUACUUCUCAAAAGGACGCACACAUAACUACGGGCCGGGGUUCUACUUCAAUUCCAUCAUCUCGCUCCUAGAUCUUGUCGCUGUGUGCUUCCUAGACAUUCCCGAAACCUCUCGAGCGUCUCAGAACAUGCUGAGCGAUUUGUUUACGCUCUUUCGAUCAAAACACGUUCUUUUCUUCGUACUCGGAGUGUUCGUGCAGGGCACCCUGAUGGGCCCGAUAUGGUCGUACGCAUUUAUGUACUUCAAGGACAUGGGGGCGCCUCAGACAUUACUCGGUCUGCAACUGACAGUUCAAUGUUUCCUGGGCGAAGUUCCCGUGAUGUUCUUCUCGGGGUGGAUAAUUACUAAGCUAGGCUUCAAACACUCGAUGUCGUUGUCUGUGGCGGGAACCGUCUUGCGACUCGGGAUCUACGCGUUCGGAUCCAACCCGUGGAUGAUGCUGCCGGCGGAAAUCUUGCAUGGACUCUCUUUUGGUCUUUUCUACUCGGCCAUGACUCUUUACGCUAAUCGCAUCGCACCCAGAGGAACGGAGGCAACUGUUCAAGGAAUCGUGAGCGGAAUGUUCGAAGGAGCUGGUAUCGCGGUCGGGAGCGUGGCAUGCGGUUUACUGUUCGACAUCAAUAAGAGGCGGACCAUGCUCUACUUCACCGCCUACGGAUUGGCUUUCACUAUCAUUCAAAUCUUGGUCAACUGGCAUCUGGGCGAUCCUCCAAUUGUUCGAGAAGACACACCAGCCUGCCCGCCGAAGGUUCGAGUUGAAGUGCCGUCACAGUCUGAAUGUCUGCUGAGAGAAGGAACGAUAUCUCGCACGGACACCGAGGCGUCUGGGGAUCAGAUGUCAGUCUUUGAAGAUCCCAUCGUCUGAUAGGGCACCUCCAGCGAUCGUUAGAGCUCGACGUACUUCCGGGAGCACCGUCACCGUACGGGUCGGAACCCUCGUGCCUCCAUCUCUGCGUCAUCCUGGUCCGUGUGGUAGGGAAGGAAUCCUGAGAGAAUCGCUGAAAUUCCCGCGCGAAGCGUCUGCCGUGCCAGUAUUCUUGGGCACAAAUCGAUGUCAGUCAAGAUUGGGUCAUCACUCGAGCGAUCGGAACAGCAGUGUCU